AUGGCAUCAUCUCUGUCCCCUGACAUCCUGCUCAUCUCGCUCAACAGCCCCCCCUGGUUCGACGAGAUGUACGGCCCGCUCCUCACCGCCCUCGGAACCAAAGCCCACGUCACGCGCGCCGAAACCGCGAAGACGGCCGUCCACGCGCUGGCACGGCUGCCACCGCCCUCGGCCGUGCUCGUCACCGACGAAGCCCUCACUCUGGCCGCGAAUCGCCACGUCUGGCUCGCGACCGUCGGGUACGUCUGCGGGGGCGGCACGGCCGUGGUCGCGGCCAUGUUCCCCAGCUUCGUCCAGCCCGACAGCAUCCAGCCCUUUUUCGCGCAGGCGGGCGUGCCGUGGGGCAGGGGAUCGUACCACAGGACGACCCUGACGCUGGAUAAGGCGGUGGUGGGGGAUGACGUCGCGGCGACAAAACUGCCGUCCGCAUAUAGCCAGAAGGCCGUCUUCGUGAGCAAUGUCGCGCCAGCGGACGCUUGGUACAAGCCCGACGACGACGACGACCCUGAGGUCGAGUCGAGUGGCUUCUUCUCCUCCGGCAGCAGCGCCAGCGUGGGCGGCGAGACGGCGGUUGCAUUGACGCGCGUCGGAGCUGGGAAGCUGGGCUACGUGGGCGAUGUGAAUGCCGAGACUGGUUCCGACGUGGUGAUUCUCGCCAUGUGUGGGCUCGCCUAA